UAUUCUCUCUGUCUGAAAACAAAACCCUAGAAAACAGAGUCCUCUGCUCACGGCGGCCGGAAUCCACACAUCCACCGUCGCCGUUAACUUCUCCGGUAACGAAAACCUUAAAAACACUCAAGGCUUCUUAUUUAACAUCUUCUCCGACCGUUUCACCGUUUAAUUUCCGUUAAUUUUAACGGCAGUUACAUUACACACCACAAUUGUUAGUUUGUCAACAGCAUUCAUACUCUGUUAAGUUGAUUUACUCAUUCUUGUUGAUGUCAGUUAGAUUAAGCAGAGUUUGUUACAGUUUGUUACCUUUUGUCGGUUAUUAUCGUCCAAUUUUGAAAUUAGGGUUUGAAAAUUAGGGAUUGAAAAUUAGGAUUUGAAAAUUGAGAUGAGAACAGUGAUUUGGAACUGUUUGAUUUUGGUAGUGGUUAAUAUUAUUGUUGUGGAAUCAUUGAGUCCAACACUGGAUGAUGAUGUUCUGGGCUUGAUUGUGUUUAAGGCAGAUAUUCAAGAUCCAGAGGGUAAAUUGGCUUCAUGGAAUGAAGAUGAUGAUAGUCCUUGUAAAUGGAAUGGUGUUAGGUGUAACCCUAGGUCGAAUAGAGUGUCGGAUCUUGUUCUGGAUGGGUUCGGGUUGUCGGGGAAGAUAGGGCGGGGGUUGAUGCAGUUGAAGUUUCUUAGUAAGUUGUCAUUAGCUAGAAACAAUCUUACUGGAAGUAUUGGAGUUAAUCUUGCUCAGCUUACUGACCUUAGGGUGAUUGAUUUGAGUGAGAAUAGUUUGUCUGGACCGGUUCCAGUUACCUUUUUCGAGCAAUGUGGGUCUCUGAGGUCGAUUUCGUUAGCGAAGAAUAAGUUUUCGGGCCAGAUUCCGGAGAGUUUGGGCUCGUGUUUAGCUCUUGGAUCUGUUAACUUUUCAUCCAAUCAGUUUUCGGGGAUGUUGCCUGUUAGUGUCUGGUCCUUGCAUGGACUUAGAUCACUUGAUGUUUCGGAUAAUCUUUUGGAAGGUGAGAUCCCGAAGGAUAUCGGAGGUUUAUAUAACCUCAGGGAAAUUAAUCUCAGAAAGAACCAGUUUACUGGUCUGGUUCCUGACGAGAUUGGAGCGUGUGCGUUGUUGAGGUCGGUUGAUUUGAGCGAGAACUCGUUUUCCGGGAGUCUUCCGAGCUCGUUGCAGAAACUUUCUUUGUGCAGUGAUCUGAAUUUUCGUAGUAAUUUGUUCACCGGCGAGAUUACCGAAUGGAUAGGUGAUCUGGGAAGUCUGCAAAGUGUUGAUUUUUCUAAUAAUAUGUUCUCUGGUGCAGUACCAAACGCAAUUGGUAAUAUCAAGUCGUUAAAAGUACUGAACGUUUCCAACAAUCGGUUCUCCGGGAGCUUGCCAGCAUCCAUGAUCAAUUGCCAAAACAUCCAGAUCUUGGAUGUGAGUCGGAAUUCAUUAACCGGGUUUCUUCCUACAUGGUUAUUCCAAUUAGGGCUGCAAACUGUUAUAUUUUCCGAAAAUAAACUUACUGGAAGCAUCAAUGGCGCAUUUACUUCCUCUGUUAACAUCUCACACCAGAAUCUUCUAGUUGUCGAUGUAUCCCACAAUGAGUUAUCCGGUGAAAUCCCGUCUGAUAUCGGGAAAUUUAGCAGCUUGAGGUUCUUGAACAUGUCUAAGAAUUCGCUGACUGGUGAAAUCCCGAAGACUGUCGGCAAGCUAACGGCUUUGGACAUUCUCGAUUUGAGUGUAAACAAGUUAAACGGAAGCAUUCCUGUUGAAAUCGGAGGAGCAACUUUACUGAAGGAUCUCGUAUUAUCGCAGAACUCGCUUUCCGGCAACAUUCCGAGUUCAAUUGCAUCAUGUUCAUCCCUUACUUCUUUGAUAUUAUCGAGAAACAGUCUUUCGGGUAAACUUCCUGAAGCAAUGGCGAAGCUUGCUGAUCUCGAGUAUGUUGAUUUGUCGUUUAACAAACUCACCGGAACCCUACCGAAGCCGUUAGCAAACCUUGUACAUCUUGUUACAUUCAACGUAUCACACAAUCAACUACAAGGUGAAUUACCCGGUGGUGCUUUCUUCAACACCAUAUCUCCGUCCUCUGUAUCCGGCAAUCCAGCUCUUUGCGGUGCUGCAGUGGACCGAAGCUGUCCAACCGUGCUUCCAAAACCGAUAGUACUCAACCCCAACUCAACCGGUACAGACGUUGACUCGGUCCCUCAGACUCUCGAAAACAAGAAAACCGUUCUUAGCAUUUCGGCUUUCGUAGCAAUCGGUGCAGCUGCCGUGAUUGUCAUCGGCAUAAUUUUCAUCACCGUUCUUAAUAUUCGAGUCCGGUCCACCAUGUCCAGGUCAGCAGCCGCGGUUCCGUUAUCCGGUGGCGGGUUCAGCAGCUCUCCAAGUACCGAUACGAAUUCCGGCAAGCUGGUAAUGUUUUCUGGCGAACCGGACUUUAGUACCGGAGCACAUGCGUUACUAAACAAGGAUUGUGAGCUCGGGCGCGGUGGGUUUGGCGCGGUAUACCGAACUGUUCUGGGGGACGGCCGAUCCGUUGCGAUUAAAAAGCUGACGGUUUCGAGUCUUGUUAAAUCGCAAGACGAUUUCGAGCGGGAGGUUAAGAAGCUCGGAAAGAUUCAUCACCCGAAUCUCGUAGCGCUCGAAGGGUAUUACUGGACUCCGUCGCUACAACUGUUAAUCUACGAAUAUGUAUCUGGUGGGAAUCUUUACAAGCAUCUGCACGAAAACGAAGACGAAAACGGAAGCUCGCUCACGUGGAACGAACGAUUCAAUAUCAUUCUCGGGAUCGCAAAAAGUUUAGCUCACUUGCAUCGUCUUAACAUCAUACAUUACAAUCUGAAAUCCAGCAACGUGUUAAUCGAUGGUGUUGGUGAGCCCAAAGUCGCAGACUUUGGUCUCGCAAGACUUCUCCCAAUGCUAGAUCGUUACGUUCUCAGCAGCAAGAUCCAAAGCGCCCUCGGUUACAUGGCACCCGAAUUCGCCUGCAAAACGGUUAAAAUCACGGAAAAAUGCGAUAUUUACGGAUUCGGGGUUUUGGUUCUCGAGAUUGUGACUGGAAAGAGGCCGGUGGAGUACAUGGAGGAUGACGUGGUGAUACUUUGCGACAUGGUUCGCGGGGCCCUUGAAGAAGGGCGGGUAGAUGAAUGCAUCGACGAAAAGCUUCAAGGGAACUUUCCGGCUGAGGAAGCGAUUCCGGUGAUGAAAUUGGGGCUAAUUUGCACGUCGCAAGUGCCAUCGAACCGACCGGAUAUGGCUGAGGUGAUUAACAUAUUGGGGCUGAUCAAAUGCCCGUCCGAAAGCAACGAGGAGGAAUCGGAGUCUUGAUGUAUGUUUUAGUUCCGAUUGGUUAUCCGGCGAAGAUGAAUCCGGUUAGUAUUGUAAUGGAUUCUGUUAGUGUUAAGAUACCGGAUUCGUUUUCACCGGAUCCAAUUUUUGUUGUUAUUGUUGUUAUGGUUCUUGUUUAACGGUUAUUAUUUGUCUUGAAAGAGCAGCUGACAUAGAAGUUUUACUGCAUAAUUAUGUGUUAAUGUUCAUGUUCUAUGUGGUAUUUU